CCCCGCACUAAAAAGCUCCGGCGCUUACGCCGAGCCCAGAGAGGAGAAAGCUCAAGGCGCGGGACAGGCUCCUUGAGCGCCUCCUGCCGCCCCGAUCCGCGCUUGGCUCUCGCCCCGCGGCUGGCUGGAUGCCUUGGAGAGGCUUUACUGCUGGUUUUCAUCCUCUGGGAUAAGCUUUGCUGGACAGGAAACAGGAACAGCUAGCUUUUCUGAUCCAUUGAUAGCAGUGCUCUGUGAUACACCAGGAGUACUGAGAAGGAUCACCAUCAUGACCUCCUUGGAAGAGCUGGAAACUGAAGAGACAGUGACUUGUCUCCAUAUAACUUUGUACCAUCCUCGCCAAGAAGAAAAGCAGAUAUUUCGCAACUUAAACUUCCUCAAGCGAGAGCAGCUCAGGGCAGAUGAGGUGGCAAAGUUUGGCCGAGAUACUAACAUCUGCCAUUACAAUUUAAUGGAUUCCCGUGUUUCCCGGGUUCAAUUUGCCCUGCAGUUUUUCAGGCAACUCAACAACUCAGAACUUGGUUUUGAGAUAAAGAACAUGAGCAAGAGGAGCAAGCUUAUUGUAGACAAUCUGGAACUGGACUACUUAAACAAAGUUGACCUGCCUCAUAAAUGCCUCAUUCGCUUUGGAGACUACCAACUCUUAAUACAAAGACAAGAGGGGGAAUCAGUAGAUUAUUUUGAGACUCGCUUUGAGUUGGCCCAAGAUUCACUUUUGCAAGAGAGACAUCUGCCUUUAAUGCAGCCCAUACCCGAGUCUGGCAUUUCUCCUUCACUCAAUUCCCAAGGAGUAAAGCCAAUAGAAAUUGAUGAAAAUGAUGUAUGAUAGCGGGGAGAAGGUUGUUAAGCAUCCAAUACCUAAUCCGAAUUUUAGAGGACCAAAUCUUAUUUCCUCAGCCCACUGCAUUUGUCUGGCUUUCCAUAGUUGCCACUGCUGUGUUAUGUAUUCUUCUCUUCUUAAGUACUCUCUCUGUUCAAAAAUAUCGGAAAGUAUUCAUUUACAGUGUCGUUAAAUAAAGAUGCUGCAGAUCUAAUGUCCAUUCUGUCUCCUCCCUCCACUGUCUGUUGGAAACCCCAGUCAGAGUUAGUGAGUCUUUGCAGGGGCAUAAAGAUCCAAUUGCAGGACUGGGGCUAAAGGGUCCUAAGGUCUUUCAGGCAGGAUGUAUCUGCCCUAUAAUGCCCCUAUUUGGCCAGAUGUUCUGUAGAUGUUCCUUGCUUCACUUUCUGCAAGUGGGCUAUCAGAAAAUUAAAUGAGACUUUAGGGAAUAGCAUCCCUCUGAGGGGUCUAGUUUAUCAACCAGAUGGCCAAUGAAAAAGCAUUCAAACCUUCACCCCACUGUAUUACCUGGAUGAUAGUAGGGAUGUUAACCAUGUACACAGAUACACUUUAACUGAUGAGUCCACCCUCAAUUACAUACUGCUUCCCCUCCUACUCUGUGCGUGUAACGGUUGAAAUUUUCAGCAGUUAGUUACAUGUUUACUUUACCGCAUUUUAACAUCCCUAAGAGAUAGUUGUAAUUUAUCCAUCCUGCCAAUCCAUCCCGCCAGUCUUCUCCAGCAGUUCUCUUCAUUCAGGCUUCUUGCCACUAUCUGCAAAGCAUCCUUUGCCCAGAGUAAGAUCUGUCAGCUGCAGCACUUCUCUGUAGCAACAGGUAGUUUGACAAUAUUCCCUGUGUCUGAGUACACCUAGACUCCUGGCAAUGGUAAGCUCUCCUCAGAAGCUUCCUGUUUUUAGGAACCCCCUUCUAAACUUCUUGUUCUGGUGAACCUCUGGUCUGUGGAAACCUCCUCAGCUGAGGGUUUGAUAACCCUUUGUCAGGCUCAUUAGCUGUCAACUAUGCACAUGAAGGUUUCAUUACCUCUAGGUGCAUUGGAGUUGAUUUGUUUUACCUUUCAGGUGUUUGUCACAGGUUGGCUGAUCUCUGACUCUCCUGAUACUAAUAUUGAGUCGUCCCCCCACUAAUAUUGAGUCUCUUUUUUUAAUUUUUAUUUAAUUAUCUCUCUAAAAUACAAUGAAAAGUUUUGGUUUUAUAAAUAAACCACACAUAGCCAGGAUUAAUAUACAAACUUGUUAUAUGGUAGUGAUAGAAAUGUAGCCGUGUUAGUCUGGUGUAGCUAAAACAAAAUACAGGACUAUGUAGAACUUUAAAGACUAACAAGAUGGUUUAUUAGAUGAUGGUUUAUAAGCUCAUCAUCUAAUAAACCAUCUUGUUAGUCUUUAAAGUGCUACAUAGUCCUGUAUUUUGUUAUAUGGUGUGAUUUAUUUUGGUGCAGAAGUGCAAUCUGUAUUCAGAGUGAGAUCCAUUUUCAACCUUAACUUCGCUGUUAGGGUUGAAAAUGAAACACGGAAAGUUUUUUAAUCCUACUUUGUGAAAGUGGAGCUAUUUUGUUGGUAUAUUUAGCAUAAAAAACAUUAUUUUUCUUCUAAUCUUAAUGUGAACAGAAUACAUUGUAAUAAAAUGUUAUAUAUUCAGAGAUGUGAGUGUAAAUAAAAUAAUGUGAAUUUGCAGUUCAUGUUUUAUUAAAAAUGCUUGCACACCUUAUAUUAUUUU